GACAGGGGACGAUAAAAGCGUGCGGCCUGCCCCGGGAGGGAGGGGGACUGGCCCUUUAAGGGGCGCUUCCGGCGUCAUCUCCCCGCGCCGUGCCAGCACCUGCCGGACCCUGAGCAACGGCGCCAGGAUGGGCGAGGAGCGCGGCGCGGGCCUCGCGGGCAGGGUGCGGACGGCGCUGCAGAAGGUCUUCGGCUUUGAGGCCUUCAAGACCGCCCUGCAGGAAGGGGCGACCAUGGCGGUGGCGAAAGGCGAGAAGGAUGUCUUUGUAUGCAUGCCCACAGGGGCAGGGAAAUCCUUGUGCUACCAGCUUCCUGCAGUUCUGGCAGUGGGCAUCACCAUUGUCAUUUCACCUCUGAUUGCACUGAUUCAGGACCAAGUGGAUCACUUGCUGGCUCUGAAGAUCAAAGCCUGCUCUCUGAACUCCAAGCUUUCUGCCCAGGAAAAGAAGACCAUCCUGGCUGACUUAGCAAGCGAGAUGCCCCAAGUGAAGCUCCUGUACAUUACCCCAGAGAUGGCAGCCGCCUCCUCUUUUCAGCCCACCCUGAACUCUCUGGUGUCCCGAAACCUCUUGUCCUACCUGAUAAUCGAUGAAGCUCACUGUGUCUCCCAGUGGGGACAUGAUUUCCGACCUGAUUACCUGCGGCUGGGCACCUUGCGCUCUCGUAUACCAAAUACACCGUGUGUUGCCUUGACUGCCACUGCCACCAAGCAGGUCCAGGAGGACAUUGUGACAGCUCUUAAGCUAAAGCAGCCUCUUGCCACCUUUAAGACUCCGUGCUUCAGAGCUAACUUGUUCUACGAUGUGCAGUUCAAAGAGCUUUUGACUGAUCCAUAUGCCAACUUGAAGGAUUUCUGUCUGAAAGCGCUUGAAGUGAAGAACACUGCUGGGGUGUACUCUGGUUGUGGCAUUGUGUACUGCAGGAUGAGGGAUGUGUGUGACCAGCUGGCUAUUGAACUGAGCUACCGAGGAGUGAAAGCCAAGGCAUAUCACGCAGGGCUCAAGGCAGCUGAUAGGACUUCAAUCCAGAAUGAAUGGAUGGAGGAGAAGAUCCCAGUUAUUGUUGCAACCAUCAGUUUUGGAAUGGGAGUAGACAAAGCAAAUGUCAGAUUUGUUGCCCACUGGAAUAUUGCCAAGUCAAUGGCUGGAUAUUACCAAGAAUCUGGCAGAGCUGGGAGAGAUGGGAAGCCAUCCUGCUGCCGCCUCUAUUACUCUAGGAAUGACCGAGAUCAAGUCAGCUUCUUGAUCAAGAAAGAGCUCUCUAAAAUCCAGGAAAAAAAAGGCACCUUGAAAGAGUCUGACAAAGCUGUGAUGACAGCCUUUGAUGCCAUAGUCAACUUCUGCGAGGAGCUGGGCUGUCGCCAUGCUGCCAUAGCGAAGUACUUUGGCGAUGUCACUCCACCUUGUAACAAGUGCUGCGAUUACUGCAAGAACCCAGGGGCGGUGAAAAGGCAGUUGGAGUCACUGGAGCGUUGCAGCAACAGCUGGAGCAAAACCUGCAUUGGGCCCACGGGUUCCUCCUGGGAUUGUUAUGAUCCAGAGCUGUAUGAAGGAGGAAGACGAGGUUGCAGAGGUUUUAGCAGGUAUGAUGAGGAAGGCAGUGGGAAUGGGGAUGAAGUCAAUGAAGAAAAUCGGAAACGGGAGUGGAACAACUUCUACAAAAAGCAGAUGAGUCUGCGCAAAGGCAAAGAACCAGAAAAGGAAGAUUUUGUUCCUCCAAGUGCAGACUGCCCUUUGAAGGAUGCCUUCAGCAGGAGAAUCUCUAAGCUCACAGUGAAGGGACGGGAACAUUGCUUGAAGAUACUGGAAGAAGCUUUGACCAAUAACCAGAAAGUUCCAACAGCAACAGGAAAAGGGUCAGACCCUCAUGCCUGUGCUGUGGAGUUGGAGUAUGAAGCUUUCCGAACCAGUAAAAUGGCUAACUCAUACAAAGCAACUGUGUUAAAGAAGGUAGCAGAGAUCAACAAGGCCUCAAAAGAAGGAGAAGUGUUCACAGUCUUUGGGUCAGGAACUGGUAGCCACAGCAGCAUGGAGACAAAGUCUGGACAUCCAGCAGAAGAGGACUUCCUCCCCGCAUCCCAGGUUUACUCGUUCAAGCCCAAGCGUGUGGGAGCUGGGUUUCCAAAGAAAUCCAGCUUGUUCCAGACAGCUUCAGAACUGCUGAAGGUAGAAGAGGGCAAUGCCAAGCCUGUCAAAACAGAUGAUGAUUGCCCAAAUGGGCAGGACAACUGCAACUUCAAUCUAGAACUGGACACCAGAAUCCCUGUUCUCCAGAAGAAGGAAAUGGCAACCAAAGCAGCGUGUGAGAGUGCAGAGGGCGAAGUACUGCUUCCUGAAAAGAAGGGACAACAAUCCAGUCCGGACACAAAAGUUUCCCUUUGCGAUAGCCCUCCUAAGAAGGCCAAACCUAGCAAGAAGCAGCAAAUGCUAGCAGAAGCGGCCAAAAAAGAAUCACAGGACAUUUCCAAGUUCUUCUCCCUCACUAAAGCUUCAUCUAAAGCCACAAGUUGCAGCUCAGUAGAGGAAGACUGCUGUUCUGCAAGGACACUACCUCAGGUUUCUUCUCAGAGCACGUGUCAAGAGAAAUUGAUACCUCAGGAAAUCAAAGAUGUCUCUGCAGAGGAUGUGACUGGACACUGCCUGGCAGAAAAUCAAGAGUUGGAGCAGAUGGAAGGAACACUGACUGAGAGAGAGGAGGACUUUAAGCCGCCGCAGGCUGCUGAAUCUGAACUACUUCAGACAGAAGUUGAUGAAAAAUUCAGUGCUGCUGAAACUGUCACAGAAACUGAGCUAACUGCUGUUGGGGAAGGUCAGAAUGGGAAGAGACCAGGAUCAGAUGAGGAUAAGGAAAGUCCUGCAAAAAAGAAGCUACGGACAGCAGCAAAGUCUUCUAUUCUGUCCCAGCCAGAAAGCAAAAGUGUUGGUCCAGCAAAGAAGAAAGUGACUUUUGAUCCAAACAUAUCACAGUGUGAUAAAGAAGGAACCAGCAAGACUAUCCAGCCAGUGACCAAAGGCAUGUCCCUCAAAGAGACAGCAGACAUCGUUGUCAAAUAUUUGACCCCAUUCUACAAGGGUGGCAAAUUUGCUUCCAAGGAUCUGUUUAAGGGCUUUGCUCGGCACCUUUCUCACCUACUGACUGAAGAGCAGAACCCUGCCCGCAAGACUGGUGGUGCUUCUUCUCUUGCAGUGAAGGAAGAAGCACAAAGACUCAUCAAGGAAUUUUUCAAAACACGGGUCAGAUGUGAGAGCGAGACAGACUGGCAGGAGCUGCAGAGCUCCGAGAGAUAAUCUUUGCAUCUUGUUGGCUCUUUUCCUUCCUUGAGGAGGGGGAGAACCACGGAAUCUUGCUAAACUUAGCCAAGGAGAGUUUCGUGAAAAUGCAGAAUGGAGCUUUUUUCUUCCCACUGCAUUUUUGUUCUCUUCUGUUCAGUGUCACCUUAGUGAUACACACUUCCAGGAAACUAGUUCCUGUGAACUUACGGAGAGUUUCUCCAAUAACCAGGGCAUUGAAGCCCUCCAGCGCAUCUUGCCAGGAGGUGUAAAGUCUGCAUCUGCUGUGUAGAUUAGGGGCUGCUGUCUCAGGUGUUCUGCAGUGCCUCCAACCUCUGCUCCCCGCAGCAGUCUGGGAAGGGCUCAGAUUUUCCAGUUGGGACUCUGCUUUGGGAUAGCAUCCUCUUGCUCCCUAGAUGGCUCUUCCCCUUACUCUCCCAUCUCUUGCGUUCUUAUUUAAGUGUUACCAAUAGAAGCCUUAUGCUACAAACAUGUUCACUUGCUUUGCUCAGGGCUGCCAUAGAUGGAGUUGGUGGUUGAGUUCCUGGAUGGAACAUUUUCCCUUGGAGGGCACAGUUUUGUUUUUACUAUGUGGGCACUGCCUGCUUUCUGAAGAUGGAGAAACUCAGAUUCUUUUUGUUUUAAUCCUAACAAAUUUUUAACUGUGUCUAGUUCUGCCUGCCCUUUAAUCUAAGUGGUGAUGUUCUUUCAGUGUUAAGUCUCCAAAGGUGGCACCAAGGCUGUUGACACUUUUCAGCAUUUGCUUGUAACCCCUAAAGCCAUAUCUGCUCCCUGUGCCUCGCCCACAGCAUCCAGUACAGAGGGCAACGCUGCUGUCACAACUGGUUAGCAUACUGCUGUGGCCCUCAGAUUGAUGCUGCGGUGCCUCUGCUGCUAUAUUUAUAUAAGGACCUGAACCUGUAGGGCAUUGGUGUGCUUUAAAUAACCUGAUCCCUAGGCAGAAGUCCUUUCUGUUGGGUUUUUGUUGGGUUCUGCAGUUGUUCUGUGCCUACAAAAGGAUGGUGGCCUCAGGUACUAGUGCUGCUAGAGAAAUUCACAGCCUGAGAAGCCAUGGAAGAAACAGGCUUUUGAAUCACUUGUACUCAACAGAUUUUUUUUUUAAUAUACUGAAGGGUAUGUGCAGAACUGACAAUAAAAUUAUGUUACAGCUGCUGUGGAGUCUUCUUGGAAGCUUUCUUACCUAUCAAAUAAACUUGUCUUAAUGUAUAACUUUUACUAAAGACAAUGCUCCAUGUUCCAUCACUGUGAACACAACCAUGAAAUUUCAUUCUUUUUGUUUGAACAUGCAGCUAAUGAAUGCAAGACAGGGAUAUGAUGGGUGGAAAGUCUUUGGCAGUAGACAUCUCCAAUCCUGAUAGCUGCAGGACUUUUCCAGCUAGAACCAGAAGAGAAGCUUGGAAAUGUUUAACUCAGUCACUUUCAUCUUCAGUUUGGUCUAGUAGGACCAAAAGAGCUCACUGGUAGGACCAGAGAGCUUUAUAAGAAGCCUUUUGCACAUUAAAAAAAAAAAAAAAAAAAGUUUUUUCAGCUGUUGCUUGGUGGUUUCCACUUCCCCUUCCCAUUAAAGAUCCUGUAUCACUGGCCACUUAAGUGGGAUUACUGUCUCUAGAGUUCAGCUGCUGGCUGGCUAGGUGAACUUCUCAGAAAUGCUGUGUGUGGCUUGUAAGAGAUCAUUAUGACAUGGGUUAUGUGAAACAGUGUUGAAUCACCAUGUCUGGCAUUUCCAACCAGAAAAGCUGUGGGGAGCUCUGCCUCAGUGGAGGGUAGCAAAAGCUCAUAAAAAAAAGAAAAGGGGAAGAAAGAUGAAUUAAGCCUCAGCAAUCUUUUCCUGUGUUUCCUGUUGUUGUGGUGCUUCUGCAGCCUUGCAGCAACGCUGCUGAAGGGGAAAGGUGGCGCUUCAGCCUCAGCUGGGACCUACAAGGCCACAGCAAGUAGCACUUGCAGGUGAAGUUCCUGACAGAAAAGACUCAGCUGUUACUGCUAGUAUCAGCUCACCAGCAGGGAGCCAGCUGUGGGUCAUGGCUUGCAUUGAGCACCCUCAGAUCCAUUCCCAGCUUACAGUAACAUCCUUUUCCUCAAGCUUUUCUAGUUACCUGCAGGUCAACCUUCUCAUAUUAUAUCUAAAUUAGGAUCUAUCAUAUCAUAGCUGCAAAAUAGCUAUUACGUGAUUAUUUUAUUGCAGUCCCCUAAAAUGCAGGUAUAUUUAUUUCAGUAAGAUAGCUGCAGUAAUAAAAAUAAAUUAAGCAUUUUAUACAACCCAGGACUCUCAUUCUCUGCUGUAAUACAAGUUCCAUUUGAGUACUUUUCUCCACGGGCGUACAG